AUGAUGAACUCUGAGACAGGACAAGCUACCAUUCCCUUAUUUGUCCAGGAGGCUCUGGAUAAGCCUACAUAUGGUACAUUGGAAGUCGAUGGUACAUUCAGUGACUAUAGUGAGAUGGUCACAUUGUAUGGUUAUAUGACUCUAUUCUCACUUGCCUUCCCAUUGGCACCCUUGAUCGGAGUAGCACUAGCAGCACUAGAGACUAGAGUGGAUGGGUUCAAGAUGUUCCAUCUAGUGCGCAGACCAAUGCCUGCUAAUGCCCCCAACAUAGGCUCCUGGUACCAGGGAUAUAGUUAUCCUGUGCCUCGGUAUGAUCACCCUCAAGAUGGUACUGGUCAUUAUGGUAAGGGUGCAAUAGAUCAUUAA